AUGGCUGCUUUACACAAUCCUCUGGCGAACGGGAGUGCAGGUGCUGGUGGCGGCGGUGCCGCCACCAGCACCGCCGCCACGACAACUGCUGCUGCAGUGCCCGUCCCCACUGAUAGUAACGGACAACUGGUCAAUAAAAACAACAAGAAGGGAGUCAAGAAGAUCCCCAGGCCCAGAAACGCAUUCAUCCUGUUCAGACAGCACUACCAUCGGAUUCUGAUCGACGAUUGGACGAAACACGGCGUUGAUAUACCGCACAACACGCAGAUUUCAAAGAUCCUGGGCACCAAAUGGAAGGAAUUGGGGCCCGAGGAGAAACACCAGUGGGAUGAACUGGCAAGACAGGAGAAAUUGGAACACGAGAGGAAGUACCCACAGUACAAGUAUAAGCCGGUUCGUAAGACCACCAAGAAGAAACUGCAGUUGCAAGCAGAACAGCAGCAGCAACAACAAGAACAACAGCAGCAGCAGCAGCAAGCCCAGCAACAACAACAAUUACAACAAGCCCAACAGCAAGAACACCUACGCCAACAGCACCAACACUUGCAACAACCACACAUACCAGUGCUGUCGCAGAACGCCGGCAGCACAGUGCCGUCCAUGUACCACCAGCCGCCCCCCGGAGCUGCCAACGUCAACACGGGCGCCCAGGCCACGGCUACUGCAGAGAUGCCCAACACGUAUAUGCCGAUGUCCAUCUCCGGGUUCUACGGCGGGUCAGCGGGGGCAAACCCUGCAGCGUACUACCCGUACACUGUGCCCUUCACGCCAAGCUCAUCGAGGUCAAACACAAACUCUAACGUGGCAGCAGGUGCUAAUGCGCCAAACAACGCUGCUGGUGAUUUCUUCCAACAGCAACAGCAACAGCAACAACAACAACAACAGUACGCGGCGAUGUCCGCGGCACAACAACAGUACGGUAUAGGACAGGACUACUCGUCGAUCUCGAAGAACACUUCACAAGUGGUACUGCCGUACUUCGCAGACGCAAAGAGCACACAACAGCAACAGCAACAGAUGUACCAGGAUGUCGCUCCUUAUACCACCACUGCUGAUUAUGUGUCGAACCCAGCGACGAUGGGUGCCGGAGGGGGUGGCAGUGGGGCCACGACCGCCACGACCGCGGCCGCCUCGGUCUCCAACAACACGACCGCCAGCACGAACGGCACCCACACGGCACGCGGGGGCGCCGCCGCCGCGGCAAACACAAGACUACCGCCGGCACAGAACUACUACUACUACAACAUGCCGCCGCAGCAACUGGCCCCACAGCCCGCGACACAGGUCACCCCACAGCAGAUCUCACAGCAGCUGCACCCUACCCAAUACCAGGACUACAACAGCAUCAAGAACACUACUAACGCGCUGCAGCAGUACCACGACUACGGCAACAACAAGACCGCCUUCCACCACCAGCCUCCGCAACAACCGCACCAACUGCAACUACAACAGCAGCAACACCAGCAGCCACCAAGCACCACGGGCAGUAGCAUCGAACACCUCGAUAUGGGCAACGUGUACCACAACACCAAACCGACGAACCAGAACUGA